AUUUUUUUUUAUUGGAAAUACGGUUUUCUAAAACAAUUAGGAGAUAUAAAAGGACCGUUGGAAAGUUCUUACUACAGCUUUAUAUAAACAUCCUAGGUUUUUGCACUAACCUCUACUAACCCUUUUCAUAUUCUCAAUCAAAAAGAGAAAAAACCAGACACAAAAAAAAAAAAAAAGAAAAAGAAAAAAAAAAAAGCAAGCCGCCAAUUAUGUCCGGUGCUUCAUACAACCGCUGUCCACCCCAUCUUCAGCCCUUCGCCGCCGGCCCUUUUCCCUCAAACACCGUCCACCGUCACCAGCCACCACCACCACCACCUCCUCCUGCCGCCGCCGACGUUCCUCAAACACCGGAUCAGCUUCAAGAAUUCAUGAGGCGGCGUCUACACGCCCAUAUGGUGCCGGUGGUUCUUAUCCCCGUCGAUCGUCCUGGUUUUAUUCCGAAUUACCCCAGAUUUGAUCCAUCUUCGUUAUCACACCAGAUUGAAGAUGAUUAUUACCAAGACAGCUUCUUUUUCGAUGAAAACGACGAAAACCUAAUACGAUUUUUGGACGAAGAAGAAGGUGGUGGUAGUACCAUUGCUGAUGAGCUGUCGGAGGAUACGAUUGUCAAGAAUCUGAGAACGAGGGCUUCCGUGGAAAUCGAUGCCGUAGACUAUGAACAAGAAGUGUGUGUUGUUUGCCUAGACGGUUUGUUUGGAGAAACCGAAAAGGUUAUCGCAACCCUCGGAUGUGGCCAUGUUUUUCAUGUCGAGUGCAUCAAGAAUUGGCUUUUGAGGAAGAACGAGUGCCCCAUGUGCAAAUCCAAGGCCCUCGUUUUCGAUUAAAUUGAAGAAAUUAGACAUGGUUGUUUAUUAUUUUUAUUUUUAUUUUCGAGUUUCUUGAUUUAUGGAUUUUUGUUGUGUGCCGAUUUCUACGGAUUUAUUGUAUAUGGAAGUUCAGACAAACAAGAUUUAUUGUUGUUGUUGGUCUUGUUUGAUUUGUUCUGUUGUUAUAAGACUUGUAUAUUUUUUAUUUUAUUUCUUGUUUGCAAAUUGAUUUCACCAAUCGUGUUUUAGGUUUCAGUUGGAGUUGAAAGAUUUGAAAUUGAAGGAUUUAAGAUACUUCCUAAUUAAAAAGAUUCGGAUUUCAAAUUGAUCACAAUUUAAAAACUUGAGUUAAUUUUAAAAUCCAUUGAAGGCGAAACCAUCCAAUUAAUAAAUUAAAUGGAGUUGUUAUUGUGGAUAUUCUGAAAGUAUUAAUCUCGAAACCCUGCAUUCAAAUGCAUACUCUUCCGAAUUGUAGCAUAAAUAUCCAAGGAUCGGAGCAGAAUUUAUAUACUUAAUUGUAGGUAUACAUGUAAUUAAUUCUUACGUAAUCUUCAUUUUUACACUAAUUAUAUUCUUAAAACAUCAAACUCUGUCAUGUGAUAUUGAAGAACAUACUUGAGCGUCGUUGGAGGUUUGUGCGAGGACCAAGUUCCGGUGUCCUAAUGCUUGUUUAUGACGAUAUAUAGUGAUCCCCGUUUAUAUUUGAAGAGUAUCGUACGUGAUUGUUUUUGGAGAAGAUUUGACGUAGAUCACUUAUACUAUUUUUUUAGUGGAGUUAUACU